AUGGCGACGGCGGCGGAGUUGGACUCCGGUGGCGGCUCGAAGAGGAGGCGGACGGGCGAGGGAGGGGAGCGAGCGCAUCCAGGCGCGGGAGCGGCGGAGGAGGACCGUAUUUCGUCGCUGCCGGAGGCGCUGCGGCUGCACAUCCUCGGCCUCCUCCCGUUCAAAUCCGCCGUUCGCACGGGCGCGAUCUCCACCCGGUGGCGCGCGCUCUGGGCGCACCGCUGGCCGGAGCCCUCCUCGCUCGACCUCCGCCUCAAGACCCACGCGCCCCCGCCGCCGAUCCUCGAAUCCCUGGAGCGGCGCGGCCGGCGGCGCCUCGACCGGCUCUCCCUGACGUUCCAGAUUGCUCCGCCUCCCGCGGGCGACCCGCACCUCACGCGCCUCACCGUCGGCAGCAUCCGCGUCGGCCUCUCCAAGCCCUUCUCCGCCCGCUGCCACACCUUCUCCGUCCUCGAGGUCAUCUACCUCGAGGGCGUCACGCUCUCCGACCACACCGUCGGGAACCUGGUCGCCGCGUGCCCCCUCCUCCGCGCCCUCGACCUGCGCUACUGCGAUGGCCUCGAUUUCGUCAACGUCGAGGCCGCCGGGCCGCACCUGAGGAGCCUCACCGUCGCGGAGUGCGGAGGGGUGAGAGACAUUUCUACCAUGGAGGCGCCCAGCCUUCGCUCCUUCCGCUACAGCGGCUCCUACAUCCGCGCCCUGACAAUCCCUGCCGCCUGCGCGCUCGCCGACCUUUACCUAUGCUUCGGCGGACCUGCCGGUCGCCUCCGGCCUCUCGGCACCCCACUCUGUUUCGAUUUUGCUUGGCCUGCAGGGGUGCCAAGAAAUUGGCUUCAGAGAGUGUCUGCCAAGGCUCGUGAGAGAUCACUAACCAAAAGUGGUGCCGCGUCGUGCGAAUUGCGGAAUUUGAGAGAGCUGCAGCUGCUGAUGUUUGCUAUGUAUAACAGCAGCGUGGAUGACAUUUGUGUUUUCAUCGUGGCCUGCUGCCCCUCUCUAUUAGAGAGGAUGUUUGUGCAGCUUCCAACAAAUAGUCACUAUUAUAGAGCAGGCUCGGAACCAUCAGAAUCAGAGGAAGAGCUACUAGAGGAAAACAGGCCAGUGGAGGAUCUGCGGGGAGAAGCGCCACCUGAGGAAGAUGGGCCAGAGGGAGAGCUACCAGAAGAGGAAGAUGAGCUUCAGGAGGAGCUACCAGAGGGAGAGCUAUCAGAAGAGGAAGUUGAGCUUCAAGACGAGCUGCCAGAGGGAGAGCUAUCGGAAGAGGAAGAUGAGCUUCAAGACGAGCUGCCAGAGGGAGAGCUAUCAGAAGAGGAAGAUGAGCUUCAAGACGAGCUGCCAGAGGGAGAGGCGUCGGAGGAAAAUCAAUCAGAGGAAGACUGGUCAGAUGAAGAGCUAUCUGAUGGAGGGCAAUCAGAGGAAGACCCAGUAGAAGAUUGCCUUGAGAACCUUAAGUUGCUCAAGAUGACGAAUUUCAAGGGGGGUGACAAUGAGAUGAGGCUACUAAGGUUUGUGUUGAGGAACUCUACUAGUCUCAACCAAUUGCUGCUAUUUACAUCGAAGAGUGAUCGACCAGAGUGGCUCCAGAAGGAUCAUCUGGAUACGUCCGAUAUUCUCGAAACAAAAAUAUUGCCUCUCCAAAAAGCCCUACCAAAUUGCCAGAUAAUUCUCGGUGAGUCUGAUGGUGAUGCAAUUCAGGCAUUUCAUCGGGAGGCCUUUGUCAACGUCUAG